AUUGAUUGUGAGCAGACGGUGCUGCACUACGGUUGGAUUCCGUUCAUCAUUUACGUCGGCUACACGCGUUCGAACCCCCAGCCAAGUCUCAUCAAGUGCGUGUAUUCUUCAUUCGUUCUGCUGCCAAACAACGUUACUUUCGCCUUCUUGUUCUUCUGUCUCUGCGUAUUUUCGCAUGUUAUGGCCGUAUACUGA